UUCUUUGUCUCUAUUCUCCAUAUGCUGCAUUUUUUUAAAUGAGUUGCUUGCGCUAGUGCCAAAGCCUUCUUGCAAUUUCCAAAAGCGAAGAGCCACCAAAAAGGCGACAAACAGAGAGAGACAUUUUGGAGGGGUUGAAAAGGGGAGCUUUGUGUCUAAACAAUUUGAUAAUUUCUGGAUUGGCUUUAGUUUUGACUGGAUUGGAUUCAGAUUGGUUUAGUUUUUGUUGGUUGGUUUUAAGGAAUUGGAUUGAUGGUUGAUUAUAUUCCAAAUCCUACCUUGACUUUUUGUAAGGAUGCAGCUGGAAUCGCCGGGAACAUCUUUGCUUUUGGACUGUUUGUGUCACCCAUACCCAUAUUCAGGAGAAUUAUCAGAAACAGAUCAACGGAGCAAUUCUCAGGGUUGCCAUAUAUAUAUGCACUCUUGAACUGUUUGAUUUGCGCUUGGUAUGGCACACCCCUCAUAUCCAUUGACAAUGUAAUGGUUAUGACAGUCAAUUCAAUUGGUGCAGUUUUUCAGUUGGCUUACAUAAUCCUCUUUAUAGUAUAUGCUGAGAAAGCCAUAAAGCUCAGGGUGUUCGGAUUGCUGUUGGCAGUUUUUGUCCUAUAUGCAAUCAUAGUUGCAGGGAGCUUGCAAAUUACUGAUCGAAACAUACGGUGGAUCUCUGUUGGGUUAUUGAGUUGUAUAUCUCUCAUAUCAAUGUUUGCUUCCCCAUUGUUUAUAAUUAAUUUGGUGAUCCGAACAAAGAGUGUUGAGUUUAUGCCAUUCUAUCUCUCUCUUUCCACUUUCUUGAUGAGCACCUCAUUCUUGCUGUAUGGGAUCUUGAAUUUUGAUGCCUUUGUAUAUGUCCCAAAUGGCAUAGGAAGUAUUUUGGGAAUCACACAAUUGGCAUUAUACUUUCACUACAAAAAGAAAUCCAUGGAGAACUCCAAAGAACCUUUGAUAGAGUCAUAUGCCUAAGGAGAAAGGGUAGCAAAAGGAGGUAAUGCAAAAAGGUUGUCUUAAAUCAUUUUUUCACAUGUGGAAUUAUGGUUCCGUUUACUGUGUGGAAAAUUCUAAUUUGUUUCAUUUGAAAUAAAUCAGUUGUAAAAAAAAAAAAU